GGCAAGAGAAUGAUUCAACAAAGAAUGAAAUAAAAAUUGAGACAGAGUCCCAGAGUUCAUAUAUGGAAACAGAAGAACUUUUGUCAAACCAAGAAGAUGACACAAUUGUGGAGCAACCGGAAGUGAUUCCACUAACAGAUAACCAAGAAGAAAACGAAGGUGAAGACGCUCAAGGCGAGGACACACCUAUGCCUGUGAAAAGCGAAGGCUCCAGUGACACAGAAAACACUACUGGUCUUGAUGCUGAAAUGAAUAGUCAGGUUGACAGUGUAAAUGACCCAACAGAGAGCCAACAAGAAGAUUAACUAAUAG